UUUCACGAGCGGCGAGGGAAAAACAUUUUGGAUCUGAGGGUACUACCUGGUCGUGGUUGGCUAUGACGUAAACAGCAGUAACCUAUGCGGAUUCCUUUGACUGCACUUCAAUUAAUAAAAAGGUAUACAAUGUUCGGCUCAUUAAAUUACGGUGUCGGCAAUAUCAAUUGCGAGUUGGCUGGAGCUGGUGGCAACUUGCCUCCACCUACGGUAGCCGUUUCCACAACAGCUUCCGCAGGACAAAACGAUUCUACGGGGGGAGUUAGUUCGCAGAUAGUAGGUCAAGCCUUAGGAGAAGUCAUGAGCGAGGCUACUACCGGUAGCUGUUACCAACAGCUGUCAAACAGCUAUGGGACGCCUUCCCUGCAGUUUUUGCAGCAACACACACUUCAGCAAAUGUACAACAAUCCUCAACAGGUGUAUAAUAUGGUGACACCGGCUGGUGGUCUUCAACUACAAAUGGGUACUCAGGUCCUCGUGUCAAACGUUCAGGGUCAGACGCAAUCGCACCAAGUUCACCAUACGCAGACCCAGGGGCAACAGCUUCUCGGGUUGGCGGAACAGUUUUUGAUGGACGACGCAACAACGGCAGCUACAAAUCAUUUUGUCGGGUCAAAUGCGAACGAGUUCGGUAUAAGCCUAAGCUUGUCCAAAGGAAAUACUUCACCAACACAAGAUAAGAUACAAAAGGGUAGUGGAACACCUCAUCAAUGUAACUUGUGUCGGCGAGAAUUUAAGAAGAGAAGCCUAUUAAGGAAGCAUGUGGCACUUAUGCAUGAAGGAUAUUCGCCUGGACAAUCAACUCAAACAGGUCCUACUCAACAGCGGCCGGUUCCAGUCCACUCGCGAUUGUGGUGCGUGGAGGCAGAGUGUGAAUUUCAAAGCGAAAACUGCGGAAAGCUUGCGCUUCAUUUGGAAGAGUCUCACGGCAAACGCCUAGAAAAAAUGAACGUUCGCCUUUCCUCGCUUCGCGAAUUUUUCAAAUGGAAAAAUAAUCUAGAGGAGACAAGUCGUGUGAAAUUUAUUCUGACGUCUGGCUCGAUUGUUCGCACUCAACCUGAUUCCGCAAAUUUUAUCUUCGAAUGCCAUCGAAGUGCCGCACUAGGAGCACAACAUCGGUUAAAACAAAAACAUAUGGGUGAAAAUAAAUUGGACGUAAUGGAAAAGGCCGUUCAAGAAAUCCUUCCAACUAACCUAAGUGUACCAGAAAGUCAAGAAGAAGAAAUUUACUUAUUGGAUAUUAUCGAAGAAAAUCUUAAAGAAUUUCAGGACCUUGAUGAAACAUCAGUGAGGAAAGGUCGGAACCGCACCUCCGGUUCAGCAGUAAUCCUUGGAGUGCCUUGCUGUGCUUAUAUUGAGAUUCAAGUAUCGCUGAUUAGCGGCGCAGUUGUCGCGACCGGCUGCAUCAGCCAUGCAGGACAUGAUCCAGAAGAGAAGAUAUUUCGUCCACCAGAUUGUGUCCUUGGCAAACUAAAAGGAAUGAUUGAGGCAGGCCAUAGCAAGGACGAGCUUUCUGCCGGAUUGAUGACAUGGACUAAACAUCAUCUGUCGGACGGUAGCUGGAAAUUGUUAGAUAGCAUGAGUUCAACGAAUAGCGACUUGUUUCUUCAUAUUCGAGCUUUGGUCAGAAAAAUAUUUGAGCACGUUUCAGUAAUUACCAGGUUAACGAGUGAACAUUAUUGGGUCGACUUUAUGGAAACACUGGCAGAAUUAUUUGAGGUCGAACGUCGUAUCGGAACUAUACGCAAAACUAUGGAUGCCAAACUUAAAGACACUGGAGGGGCACAUGAGGGUCGUGCUAAAGAACUGGCAGCUUUAGAAACAGAACUGUGUUACUUCGUACUUUGUUACGGCACUGAUCGGCAUCAACUGCGAAAGUUUCUGAAAUACGGGCAGGACUAUGCCGCGGAUUGCCGACUGGGUGACAUUCGAUAUCGCGCACAAUUUUCAAACGUGCUUGAAACCCCGAUAUAUGAUCCAUCAGCUGCUUUAUUUAAACAUAAUACGGAGUUAUCAGCUACCGCCGAUAGAUUGCAAAAGUUUGGUGAUUACAGUCAAAAAAAGAAAACUACGAGAGCCAGCAAAAACAUUUACCACCGGAAAUUAAUAGGUUCGGACGAUGACUCAGAAUACAAUUGUUGGUCUGAUGAAGAGCUUGAAGAUGUCAUUCCCCGAAGGUGGCCUCAACCAACACCCUCAAAGCCAUUAUCGACCUUAGAGGAAAAGCGGCUCGAAAAAAACCUUAAGCGAAAGCAGGUCCCGGUUCUGAAUGUGGAUCCGAUUCUUAAAGAGAAGAUUUUGGCAAUGAGAGUGAUGGCAGCAAAUGCGUAUGAUGAUAACGCGAAAAAAGAUGUUCAAGAGAAAAUCUCAGCAGGGGUGCUAAGAAAAAGAGGCCGUACGAAACGAGAAUCAACUUCAAAUGCUCAAAACGCAAAAAACAAACUACAUGCGAGGAAAGGCAAGAACACCAAGAUUGUCGGGGGCAAAAGAUUAAAGGCAAAACAGAAAUAUCAAAAGAAAAGACAAAAUCAUUGUGCGUCGAAUUCAAAUGAACGUGAUGCGCAAAGAGGCGAAAAUAAAGCUGGAGAAGAAAAAGAUAGCAAAGAGCCUAUUGAGUCCAGUAAAGGCUGCGGAAAGAGUAGCUCGAUUGGUUAUCGACGAAAGAAACCGAAAGCGUUAACAAAUGCAAAAGUUGCGAUUAGCAACGAAGAUAAUUGCGAACAAACGGAUGAAGUAACCGAGGAUAAUAUGGUACCAGCGCCGAUUGUUAUUCGAGAAAUCAAAAUGGAUGGACCGUCAGGUAAAAAGCCUCGCAUCGUCAAGAUUCUUGCGACAGAACCCGGUCAAUCGAUUGAUCAGGCCACGAUCGUGGUUGAAGCACCCCCUCAAACUCCACAACCUGGCCAUAUAGAGGGUAGCACAGCAAAAGAAGUCGCUAUCAAUGCUGAUAAUGCUAAACGUACGCCUAUGGUAUCGCUUUUACGUCAGGACGCGAAUCUGUUUACAGGUGGACGGAGUUUAUUAAAACCAAUGCCUACGAUUUCAUUGCUGAAACCACGAGAAAGGCUGUUUUCGUCACCAAACAAAACCAAUAGCAUUCAAACAAAAAGCUCACUAACACACGCGCUGCCAAACGGUGACAAUUUUUUUGAGAGAGAGCUCUUACAAAAUUUUGACGAAAGCGCGCUUCAAAUACCUCAGCUACACCGAAUUAUUGAUGAGUAAUGAGCAAUGGAUUUUUACAGAAAACUCUCUUAAUUACCUUAAACUAUUUAAGUCUUGUUCACGAAUAAUUUAAUCUAUUCUGGACUGUCUGUGUAUAAGCGAAAAGUAAAAAUAUUUUAAGAGUCAGCACUCAUAAUGUAUAUAUUUGUAUAGUGUCUUGUGAAUGUGAUAAGUAGAUAUUUUCGUCAGCUGAAAACUUUGGCUCAAGCUGAAGUUUUGAAAUGCAUUGGCUUUUUUUCCAAGCCAGAUAAAUCGCAUAGUUACUUAUAGUACAAAAACAUAUAGUUGGAUAUGGCUAAUCACAAAAUCUGCUGAAUCGAGCAUGUGUAUUGAGGCGCUAAGAUAAAUCUAAAUGAUAGAAAUCGACUGUUCUCCGCUUUUACUAAUAAAACUGCUACAUAAUAAGAUUAAAGCCUCUAAAUUUGCUGAGCGUUUUAAAGCCGACUAGACACGAAUAAAAACGAAGGUAUCUAUAGGUGUUGUGGUAUU